AUGUACCACCACAGACAAAUUACAACUGCUACUAUCGAGGUAAUUGAGGUAGCCGUCCAUGUCCUCGACGGCGCCGUUGUCGUUGAUGAAACCGGAAUCCUGAACCGGGUCAGCGCCGUCGCUGAAAUCGCUUUUCCGGCGGGUCGUACGUCCAUUAGAAAAAGGCCCAUUAAACGCAAUGACAGGCCCGUUUCAACCGACUCUCUCAAUCUCCGUCAAAAAAACCCUAGGUUUAAAUCCUCUCUACACAAAGCAGCAAAACGUCCCUCGAGCAGAAAGAAAAACAUAUAUCACUGCUGCACUACUGAGCUGAGCAGCUCCAGAAAAGGCGCCGGCGAGAAUCUGCUAACCACACCGAAAAUGGCGGACAAGGCAGUGACCAUUAGGACGCGGAAGUUCAUGACAAAUCGCCUCCUAUCCAGAAAACAAUUUGUUAUUGAUGUGUUGCACCCAGGAAGAGCUAACGUUUCCAAGGCUGAGCUGAAGGAGAAAUUGGCUAGGAUUUAUGAGGUUAAGGACAGCAAUGCCAUAUUUGUGUUCAAGUUCAGGACGCACUUUGGUGGUGGCAAAUCUACUGGGUUUGGCCUGAUCUAUGACUCUGUGGAGAGUGCGAAGAAAUUCGAGCCCAAGUACAGGCUAAUCAGGAAUGGUCUUGAUACCAAGGUUGAGAAGUCCCGAAAACAGAUGAAGGAAAGGAAGAACCGAGCCAAGAAAAUCCGUGGUGUUAAGAAGACUAAAGCUGGUGAUGCUUCUAAGAAGAAAUGA